AAUUUCCACGUGUAAAAAAACAAAAUCCGCGCACACACUCUCACGCCCAGUGGCACGGAGGGAGCAUAGCGACCACGCAGCGCCGCCAUCGAGCUCCGUGACCGUUUUCGUCAUUAGGUAACUUGCGGUCGCGGUGAAUUUCCCACCGAGCUCGAGCCCGUGGAGCCCAUGUGACAAGUUCAACAGUCUUGUGAGGUUUUCUCGCGUUUUCCGGCCGAAAAUCCUGCGAAAUCACUCGUUUCCGUCGUUGCGGACCAGCGGAGAAAGUGGACAGUGUCCGGGCAAGUGGAUUUGCGCGAAAGAAAGUGCGGAUUAAGACGAGUGUCAGUGACAAAAGGAAUUUUCCAGUUUUGUGAGGUUAUCAUGUAACACGUUUCGGCCUUCCGCGACGAGUGGACACGGCUGCAGUAGGCGCCCCAAAGUGAAAGGAUUUCACGCUGCGCCCCCGGCCGGGAAGGACGUUUUUCAGUUGUUAUUCAAUUCGGGCGUCUUGCCUCGAGCGGAGCUGCUGAUUCGGGAGAAGACAAUUGAAUUUCGCUUACAAUUGAAUGUCAAUGUUUGUCGUCUUGUUUGUCCUUACACAAUGAAAGAUUCAGUUUUCGAAUAGUUUCGAUUCAGAGAAAAAAUAAAAACACAAAAUUACAUUCAAAAUGGAUUUACUAUUUGAAAUGUUGGAAGAAACCAAAGAAAUCAAUAGCAGAUCGAGAAUGGAGUCAGGACUGUUGAGCACGUUCCAUGAUGAUCACUUCGAUGGGAACUAUUCCAAAUAUGAUAACAAUUUAGAUCUUUGGUCAGAUGGGAAUGAUGGCAUGGGCUUGCAGCUUUCAGAAACUCUGCACGGCAUUCUACCGAUCGCUGCAAACGAAGAAGCACCGCAUUUCUUCGAAACAGAACUAGAACAUCGUAUUCCUUACAGAUUUGGAUCGGAAAAUGAUGGACUCACGGAGACCAUUAUCGAAAUGGAUAAGGAUGAAGAAGAAGGUUAUCUUCUAACAAAUUACGAUGCUGCCGAUGAUAUGUCCGACAGCAUGUCACCAUCAUUGGAGAUUAUUUCGGUUGAUCCCAAUUGCGAUUUUACCUCACCAAUUACCGUUGAUGAUGACGAUGAUGAGGCAGAAGGCGACGAAGAAAUGGACAGCGAUCGUUGCAGCAGUCGCAGUAGUGAUUGUAGCAGCAAUUCAGAGGUUUCAUCAAUAGCCGACUACGAAAGUCAUUCAAGCGAUGAAAGUGACAUUGAUACAGUCAAUAAUCAAGAAUGUCUAGACAUGAGUCGGAUUAAAGUUGAAGGGCAAAGUAGAAACAAAUUGAAAAACACAAAUAAUGGAAUAUCUACACCAAAGAAAGUAGAGUCUAAUUAUGGUAAAGCUUCUGAUAUUAGUAAUGCUCCUCUUGAUAUUAUAAAUGAGUUAGCUCCAUCGGUAGAGGAUAGAAAUUCCACUUCGCUAAGCUUGAGCGAAUGUGAUGGAAUCCUCGACGCCCAAGUGGAUGACAUUAAAGACUUCGACUUAGCUACAUACAUAACGCAAGACAAUGUCGAUUUCCCGAAACUCACAAAUAAUAGAACUCAUGAAAGUAGUAACAAAGUUCAUAGCAAUCCUAGCAAUUAUUUAGUUAAUUCAGAUCAUGUUAAAAUCGAACCAAAAUGUGAUUCGGAUACCGAAGCUAUUAUCGAUAUUGAAACAGUUCAUGACAACGAAGAAGACGUGAAGCCAAUGUUGUUACGUAAACAAACGAUCGAUUAUAGUUCCUGUGUUGAUUUCAAUGAAAGUUUUACACAAUGUGAUGAUGAUGUUAAGCACGACCCAUCGUGGAGCCCGAAAGCUGAGAAACAGGGAAAAGGUAUUAAGACAAAAGGAGGCCGACAAGCGAAGGGGAAGAAAACUAGCAAUUUGAUGUCACAAUGUAAUCGAAUGCUCAGCAAUAGCUGUGCAUCGAACAAUUUCUCUAGUAAACCGCAUGUAGUUAUGGAUCGGAAAAAGUAUGGUCUCGGUAAAGGGAAGAACAUUUCGAUGUGUACGAAACCUGAGUUGUCCGACUUCUCUGAUUCAGAUAUCGAGAGUGAUUUAGAAACCAUCGAUACUCGCUGUAUAAAGCAAGAAACCGUGGAUUCUAAAGAAACAUGUGCCAUAGAAAGCAAUUUAUGUAAAUCGAACGUGAAUGAACCCAAAACUGAAAAUAAAACAAAUGCAAUUUCUGAACCUUCAACUCCUAAAAUAGAGACAACAGUGAAAGUUGAAAACGUUGCAAUCAAGAAAGAGGAGCCAGUUGAUGUUUCAAAAACUGAAAUCAAAGACGCUCACUGUCCUGACGGUACAAAGGAUGUUUCUAGUCAGGAAAAUGAGAAGGUUAAUUCCGAAGUUCCGCAUUUGGUACCUGUCAAAAAGAAGCUAAAUUUAGAAGAAUACAAGCGGAGAAGAGAGAAUCAACUUAUAGGCGACACAAAAAUCAAAAAAUGCAUACCAUGUGAUCCGAUUCCAAUUCAAGCUCCUUCUAAAAUUAAAAUCGAGGAUAGCAAGAAGACGGACCCAACCCCUGUUCCACCUCAAAUUCAAAACAACCAGAAAACUCCAGUCCCAAAAUUAACACAACCAGCUAAUGGCAAAUCUGGUAAGGAUUUCUACGAUCCCAUCUUGGAAGCGAAAAACAAAGUGCUGCGCAUGCAAGAAUUGAAAAAGGCGGCACAGAGUAAGCGCAUUGAUUCGACAGUAUCUGCGAAAGUUGGCCCGAUCACUCCAAUUCUCCCACUUGAGCAAAUCUGCAACGGAAAAUACAACGCACAAAACAGUUCAACUACAAAAUUAAACCCUGACUACGAGGAGAUAAUAAUUGUUUCAGCAAGUAGUAACACAGAAAUCACGCUACCUCCAGUCUUUGAGAAAUUGGAUACGAACUCGAUUCCAGAUCGCAAAAAUAACCCUCUAACGGCCGUGAUAAAAUCAUCAUCGCUACUUUCCAACAUCAGCGAUACCAUGAAGAAAACAAAUGCAGUGAAAAUAUCUAGUAGUUCCCUUCUAUCUAGCAUCCAAGACGUUGUUCUUAAACAGUCGACUACAACCUUACUAAAUGGAGGUCAACUAUCACAAAAGUCACCGAACAUUGGCGUCUCGCCGCCUAGUCAUUUUUCACCUCAAAAACCAGAAAUGUCGCACACAGACCAAACAGAUACAGUUUCUGCUGAGAAACCUACAGUCAAAGAAACCGGAAGAGAUAUCGAACACGGAGAGGACAAAAUCAUUAUGCAUUUGCGUAAGGAUCGGAUACGCAAGAAAACAUUCUCAGUAUCCAUUCAAACUGAAGAACUACCUCAAUUCCCGCCCUUAACACUACUUCUAGCCGAAAAGCUUUCUAGUAAUCCAACAAACACUGGAAGAAAACGCAAAAGACACUAUCGUUCACGUCGUGAUUCAUCUGCAGCAUCAUCGGACGAUAAUGACUAUCAAUCGUCAUCACGUAGUCAUGUUCGUUAUCGUUCAGUAAGCAGUCAUGGAACAAAUCGUUCGGUAUCCCCGCGUAGUUCUCGUUAUUCUUAUUCAAGUAGUCGUCGUACAGUUUCGCCGUAUCAUAAAACACGUAGAAGAUCAAGCCGAAGUAGUAGUCGCACGAAAUAUGCAUCGGAUUCAUCUGAUCCGGAAACAGGACGUCGAAGUCGUAGUCGUGAACGUCGCACCCGCCGUUAUAGUUCCUCACAUAACACUAGCAGUAGCAGUAGUAGCAGUGACACUUCGUCACGUUCACGAUCACGAAGCCGAUCGUCGCGAUCUCGAUCACGUUCUCGAUCGCACUAUUCGAGUGGGAAUCGACAACGUCGAUCCAGUUUUAGACGUAACACAUCUCCGGCCGUAGAGGAACGUCGUAUCGUCUAUGUUGGGCGGAUAGAGCGCGAAACAUCAAAGGAGGAUCUAAAGCGGAAAUUCAUUUCAUAUGGUCCAAUCAGACAGAUUACUGUGCAUUACAAAGAUACUGGCAUGAAGUAUGGAUUUGUAACGUAUGAAAAGGCUCAGGAUGCUUAUCAGGUUAUUGAUCGUAGCAUGAAUGAUCCGAAGAUAAAUAUGUAUGAUAUUAGCUUCGGAGGCCGACGAGCGUUCUGCAGAGCUACUUAUUCUGAUCUAGAUGGUGCUGCAACCAACAGCUUCCAAGAUCAUUUACCCUAUUCAAAGCCAGCCCUGCGUACCCCAUCAUUUCAAGAGGAUUCUUUCGAAAGUCUUUUGGCCAAGGUCAAAGAAAAACUCACGAGCGCCAAAGCAUCGUCACCGGCUCCAUCAUCAUCAUCGCGUUGUAAAACCUGACAUUUUACAAAGGCUACGGCCCAAGGUACUCGAAGUAGCAAUAGUAACAAAAAGAUUGAAGUCUUAUACACAACAAUCUUCUCAACAAAUACAUAUAAUGAUGAUAGAUUUAAGAAUAGUAACAAUACCGUUAUAAGUAGUAGAAAUAGAUUGAAUGAAUUUCAUGUAAUAUAUUUAUGAUUAUGAUAGUAGGAUUAGGGUAUCGUCACGCGAGUUUCCACUUUGCGCGAGGGGGAGAAUCUGAUUUGCAAGCAACUAUUGCCUGAAUAGAACUGAAAGCAUCCUAAAUUUACUCAUUCAGUUUUAUCUGUAUUGUUUUUUUUUUGUUCGCAUGCUAUUCGAUUUUCUCCAGCAUAUAACAGUAGAUUUAUGAACAUCUAUACACAAGAUAACAUGUAGGAAUAUACAAGAUACUUUACUAUACUUACCAUGUAGCUAGCAACUGUUUUUGAAUUUAGGAUUUGAUAACUGUACACAGAUGAACGUGUUUAGCCCCCCUUUUGAAAUAUGAAUACAGUAAGGAACUCUUAUACGAGUGUAUUGAACUAGUUUUUCCAUCUAAAAUCGUUUUCCUACUCAGUACAAUUUGUUAUAACAAAGCAACAGCAAUACAAUAUUAGGUUUUCGAGUUGUGUCUAAAUAUUCGAUAGUUAGUUAUCAUUAAUUACUUUUAAUCAACUGAAAUGUUAUUUUCAAAUAAUUGAAUUUAUUUUUGAAAGAUGCUUGAACUUUAUUACUUAUUACUUAACUGUUUAAUAUAUUAAAAAUGUAUAAAUACUAAAUACGUUACUGCUAAUGAUUAAAAGAAGGUAAUCGCGUGGAAUAUGACAUAAUCUUAGUAUGCUCAAUUAUUGACUGUUUGUAAUAAGAUUUGUUUUGUUGUUUUACAUUAAAUCAAAAGUGAGAAAAGCAAGUCACUGCCAAU